AUGAUUUUUUUUUUCUUUAGAAUUGUGACUUUUAAAAGAUUAUGUGAACUUUAUAAAAACAAUGAAGGUUAUGAAGUGUUGGAUCGUUUCAAAGGACAGCUGCUGGAGGGCAAAACUUAUCAGCCACUAUUUCCAUAUUUUGCGGAUCGAAAAAGUACACUUGGCGCAUUUCGAGUGCUUGUUGCUACAUUUGUAACCACAGAUCAAGGCACUGGAGUGGUCCAUCAAGCACCAUAUUUUGGCGAGAUUGAUUUUCAAACAUGUCUGGAAAAUGGUGUGAUAACACGGGAUAUGAAGCCAAUCUGCCCGGUUGAUGAGUGCGGCCGUUUCACGGAUGAAGUAACUGAUUUCCGUGGCCAAUACGUGAAAGAUGCGGAUAAAAACAUCUGCAGAUAUUUGAAGGUCGGAAUAUUUAUUAAGUCAGAAGUCAAAAACUGUUCAUAUUUUACUCUUCGUGUGAGGAAAAGGCACUUUUAG